AUGGCCAGCACUCAGCCACAGGCCGCGCAGCCGCCCGCCGCCCACGCCCACGGCACGCCUCAGAACCCGUACUCAUCCGCGAGCCGCUGGCGUCACCAGGAGUCCUCCUCCUUCUCCCGCCAUGCGCGCGCGCAUCAGCAACACCCGGACGCCACCACCGCGCAGGCGCAAAUCGACGCCGCCGCGCCCCAGGGCCAACGCUUCAACGGCGAGGAGCCCGUGUCCGACGGCGACGCCGGCGAGGUCGUGUGCGGUCCGCUGCUCAACUACUGUCGCAUGCAGGACGGUCACUGGGAGGGCAGCGUGCUCGUCGUCCUCAACGGCGGCGGUCAGGAGCAACAGGGCCCGGCCCCGACGCUGAGCCUGCAGCGACUCGGCGCGCGCGGCCAGGCCGCUGCCGAGGCUGCUGCCGCUGGCGAACCCGCGAGCCAGAUCCCCGGCGUUCGCCUCUACUCGGACCCCCGCAGCACCUUCUGGUGCUUCCACGUCAGCGUGCCCAUGGAGUCCGCCGAGAUUCAGUACGCCUACGAGCUUCCCGGCCUGCGCUUCGUCAGCGCCGACAAGCCGCAGGUUAACCGCUUCUCGAUCCCCGCCGCCGGCGAGUCCAUGCGCCUGAUGUUCCACUCCUGCAACGGCUUCAGCGUCGGCACCGACGAGGAGGCAUACAGCGGGACGCCCCUCUGGAAGGACGUACUGCGCAAGCACCAGGCAGCCCCCUUUCACGCCAUGCUCGGCGGCGGCGACCAGAUCUACAACGACGGCAUCCGCGUCAGUGGUCCGCUGCGCCCUUGGACCGACAUCUCGAACCCCAAAAAGAGACGCGACUUUCCCUUUUCCGAAACGCUACGGUCCGAAUGCGACGACUAUUACCUCAAGAAUUACCUUCGCUGGUAUAAUACUGCGCCGUUUGCCAUCGCCAAUGGCCAGAUUCCCCAGAUCAACAUCUGGGACGACCACGACAUCAUUGACGGUUUUGGAUCCUAUGUCAACGACUUCAUGACUUGCGACGUCUUCCGCGGCAUUGGCGGUACCGCGCACAAGUACUACAUGCUCUUCCAGCACCACCUUGCGCCACCCGUCUCGACGUAUACAUCCGAUUUUCGUGGUGAGGGAACUAAUCCGGCGCAGCAGGUGGACACGUUUGUCGCUGAGCAGAGCCCGGGUUCGCAAUACAUUAUCGGCGCAAAGCCGGGUCCGUAUGUUGCUGAGCGAUCAUUCAACAUGUAUGCGCGCCUCGGUGCUCGCAUGGCUAUGCUUGGAAUAGAUGCACGAACGGAGCGCACGCGCCACCAGGUCAACUAUCCCGAGACAUACCAACUGCUGUACCAGCGUCUGCGUGAUGAGCUUCAAGCAGCCGCCAGCUCAGAGCAGCCCAUUGACCAUCUGAUCCUGCUGCUUGGUAUUCCCAUCGCAUAUCCGCGUCUCACCUGGUUGGAAAAUAUUCUGCGAAGCCCGAUCAUUGGACCUAUCAAGUUUAUGAGUCGGCGGUUCGGAAUCGGCGGCGGUCUGUUCAACCAUUUCGACGGCAGCGUCGACCUCCUCGACGAUCUCGACGACCACUACACAGCCAAGACGCACAAGAUUGAACGUCGUGAGCUCAUCGAGGGCAUGCAAAAGAUUGCGGCGGAAUACAACGUGCGCAUCACAAUCCUGGGCGGCGACGUACACCUGGCGGCGCUCGGUCGCUUCUACUCGAACCCCAAGCUCAAGAUUCCUGUAGAGGAGGACCACCGGUACAUGGCCAACAUUGUGUCGUCGGCCAUCGUGAACAAGCCGCCGCCGCAGACCGUCGCCAACCUGCUCGCGCGGCGCAACAAGAUUCACCACCUGAACCAGCAGACGGACGAGACCAUGCUGGACCUGUUUGACCGGGACCCCGGCAGCACGCCCAAGACGGCCGGGCACAACAAGUGCACGAUGCCGAGCCGCAACUUUGCCAUGAUUGCUGAGAAUUCGCCCAACAACCCGGCGCUGGCGACGACCAACGGCGAGACGGAGACGACGAGCUUUGUGGGCAAGGGCGGCCACGCGCAGAUGCAUAAGGGCGAGGUCGGCGCCGGGACGGAGCACAGGGCGGCAACCGACGCGUUUGGGCAGGGCAACGACGGCAGCCUGGACAUUCGCAUCAACGUGGAGAAGGACCAGCACAACGCCGAGGGGCCCACGCAGGCGUACGGUCUGACGGUGCCGGUGCUACGCAAAACGGCGGCGGCAGGGGUUGUGCAAUAA